UACACUUUCAUGAACAGCUCAUCGUCAUGGAUAAGGACAGCACGGAAUCAGGUCUCACAUGGCAGGUGAGGGCCAAUCAGCGUGACUACCACAAGAGGCAGAUGAAGAAAUCCUUCCUGGGCUUCCGGUGGGGCCGCUGCUCGGACAAUCAAGUACGCAGCUACAAAUACACAGCUCUCACUUUCCUGCCGAUGAAUCUGUUUGAGCAGUUCCAGCGAGCCGCCAAUCUCUACUUCCUCUUCAUGAUGGUGUUGCAGUGCGUCCCCAUCAUUUCAUCAGUCCAAUGGUACAUCUCCAUCAUCCCGAUGAUACUCAUCCUCUCCGUGAGAGGAGCGAAGGACCUCAUUAAUGACAUGGCAAGGAGACGUAGCGACUCGGAGGUCAACUCGCGACCGUGUGACGUGCUCAUCUCCCAGAGAUUCAUAACAGCGCAGUGGAAAGAUGUGUGCGUGGGAGAUAUCGUGCGCAUCCACAAAGACCAAACCGUCCCCGCAGAUGUUGUGCUCCUAUGCAGCUCUGAGCCUCACAGUCUCUCCUAUGUGGAAACAGCUGACAUUGAUGGAGAGACAAACCUGAAGUUCCGACAGGCUCUCCGUGUGACGCACGAAAAGUUGACGACAGAACCUUCAGAGUGUACUCUUGCCAGCUUUGAUGGUGUGGUGUUCUGCGAGGAACCCAACGAUGGCUUGCAUGUCUUUAGAGGGCGGCUACACUGGAAAGGGGAACGUUUCCUACUGGACAACGAGCACCUCCUCCUGAGGGGUACCGUCUUACGUAACACGUUGAUCGCCUACGGUUUGGUCAUCUAUGCUGGUGCCGACACGAAGAUCCUGAGGAACUGCGGGAAAGUGCGGGCCAAGAGAACUCGCUUGGAGAACAUUCUUAACAGAGCAGUGAUUGGAAUUGUGGUGUUUUUGUUGGUGGUUGUGCUUCUUCUGGCCAUCGGCUGUGGGGUGUUUACACACCGGGUCAUGAUCCGCACAGAGUUUCUUUCUCCUCUGGUCAUCAAUGGUGACCCGGUCUACGCGGGCUUUCUGGUCUACUGGAGCUACUUCAUGCUGCUUGGCCCGGCCGUGCCCAUCAUGCUCUAUGUCACGUUUGAGAUGAUCCAUACGUACCACAGCAAGUUUAUUAAUUGGGAUUUGGAGAUGUACUGGGAUCAGACGGACUCCCCAGCACAGGCCCGAAGUACUUCCUUGUGUGAGGAGUUGGGCCAAGUAGAAUACCUGCUGAGCGACAAAACUGGAACGUUAACCCAAAAUCGUCUGCUCUUCAGGCAAUGCUGCAUUGCUGGGGAGAUCUACGGUGACGCAUCAGUCAGGGCCGAGGACACAGAGCUGAUGGACCUCUCCUGGAAUCCGUACUCCCGUGGUGGUCUGUUCAUGUUUGCUCCCACCUUGGUAGAACGUGUCCGAGCACAACAGUGUCCGACUGUCAUCCAAUUCUUCACAGCACUGACGGUGUGUCACACUGUCAUGGCCCAGUGGAAAGAAGAUGCUCCAGUUUACCAAGCAUCAUCUCCCGAUGAGGAAGCUCUCGUUGGCACCGCCAGAGAGCUGGGCUGGGUCUUCCUUUCCAGAACCAGAGACGUAAUAAACGUCUCCGAAAUGGGUGUCACACGUCACUAUAAGCUACUAGCAUUACUUGACUUCACCAGCCAUAGAAGACGGAUGUCGGUUUUGGUCCGGGAGCCGGAGGGGGCUUUAAAACUCUACUGCAAGGGAGCUGACAUAGUGAUACUGGAGAGGCUGCAGAGGGACUGUCCACAUCAGGAAAGCACUGAACAAGCCCUAGAGCUGUUUUCCCGGUCUUGUCUGAGGACCUUGUGCAUUGCCGUUCGAUCGGUUUCGGAGAUGUCAUGGAAUCAGUGGAGCAAAACUAUGGCUCAGGCUGCUACCAUGGCGACCUUCGACCGCAACGCCUUGCUGGAGACGCUUUAUGAUGAGAUGGAGCAAGAUCUCCAACUUCUAGGGGUUACAGCGAUAGAGGAUCGACUCCAAGAAGGCGUUCCUGAGACGAUUUCUCUCCUUCAACAAGCUGGGAUUAAAGUAUGGGUUCUUACAGGAGACAAAAAAGAAACGGCUAUCAACAUUGGAUAUGCAUGUAAACUACUGGAUCCCGAUACAAGAUUACUGGACUGGCAGGAGUUGAGGCAGAUCCUUCAAUCGCCAGACCCUGGGGUCCAUUUCCUGAAACUCAGGCAGACAGAUCUGUGGACUGUUCAAAAGGCUGCAGUACAGACUGCUGUGGUUCUUACUGGGCCUGAGCUGACAGAAUUUGACCAAAGACCAGAAUGGGCUGCCAAAUUCAUGGGCAUUGCACAACAAUGUCAGACGGUGUUGUGCUGCCGGGUAACACCUGGCCAGAAGGCAGACAUAGUUACUUUGGUCAGGAAGCACACAAGUUCCAUUACUUUGUCCAUCGGAGAUGGUGCAAAUGAUGUAAACAUGAUCAAAACUGCCCACGUCGGUGUUGGAUUGGCAGGAGUGGAAGGAGGUCAAGCUGUGCAGAAUGCUGACUUUUCCCUAUCCAGGUUCCGAUUUCUGCAAAGGCUGUUGCUGGUUCACGGACGCUGGUCAUACCGACGAAUAUCCCUCUUCCUGUGCUACUUCCUCUUUAAGACCUGUAGCUUUACACUAGUGCACCUGUGGUUUGGCAUCUUCAAUGGUUGCAGUGCUCAGUCUUUGUAUGAGACAUGGUUCAUCGCAUUUUACACUGCCUUCUACACAUCAUUCCAGAUUAUGUUUGUGGCUUUCUUUGAAAAGGACGUGAGUGCAGAGAACAGCCUGAGGUGGCCUGAACUGUACCAGUGUGGGCAGAGGCAGGAGCUUUCCAAUCCCCUAAUGUUGUUCGCGUCACUUGUGUACGCCCUCUAUGCUUCACUUGUUCUCUUCUUCAUACCCUGUGGAGUCUACUACAACACUGCCAUCGACUACCAGACCAUGGCGGUCACUGUGUCCAUGGCAGCCGUAUUUACUGCCAACAUAGAGAUCGUGCUGUUGACCAAACACUGGACAAAGUACAACAUUGGAGCUGUUUGCGUUUCUUUGCUGCUCUACUUCAUCUGUUCAAGGAUCACUCACAGCAAGUUCUUAUACCAGAGUGCACCUGCUGAUUAUUUAUUUUACGGCGCAUCUGACGAGGCCUUUGCGAAUCCAGUCGUUUGGCUCACAGCUCUUCUCACUGCCUGGACGGCCGUGUUGCCUUCAAUGACCUUUCGCGCCCUCACUAUCAUCCGAAUUUCCCGUGGCAAACUUAAGGUUCACAGCGUGUCCCACCAGUCAGUUGAAAUGAAAUCUGAGUACGGAAGCAAAACUUCUCUUUACCGUUCUUCGUUGACCAUCUGAAGCUCAAUUGUCAAUUCAGCACAAGGGAUUGUCUUUCUAGGACUGUCACAUACUGUAGAUGUAACUUGAUGGCCACCAUGAUGAAUCCAAGGAUUUCCCGCCAAAUAUUUAAAUGAUAAAACUGUAACAUUGUAGUUGUGCACUGUUAGUCCAUCUCCAGAGGAUAACUCAAGUCAUAAUAUUCUAACAUGUAUGCAAGUAUAUACUUUAAUAUCAAGAAUGGAAUUCUACAGUUGAAAAAGUUAUUUAACUGACAAGGUGCAACAUUUCAACACUCAUUAUUCAGGUAGAUUUUACAGUGUUGUGUGCUUCUUUGAAGAGGACACCAGAAUGUUUGCAGACUAAUUUCUAUCUUAUACAGUAAUGCUACUAGUAAUGUCACUUGGUGUAAUUUACACAAAAUUGCACGUCUAAACUAGAGGUGUGCAAAAUUUCUGCUUCUUAGAUUAUUCGCGAUUCGGCCGUGCAAGAUUCGAGAAUGAUUCACAAACACCCAAAUUUCGAUUAUGGAAAUAUGUCAAGUAAAGCGGAACUAAAACACAGGCAUCACGGUCUUCAGGACGCAAUGAGGAACGGACUGCAUUGCGUCCCGAGAGUAAAUAUCAUGCUUGCCAUUACACAGGUAAUAACAAAGCUCAACUCACGGCUCUGAUUCAACUCAUGCCGCUAGACAAAAAAACAAUAAUACCUCACUGCUGCCGACAGCCGCUACAUCAGGGGUGGGCAAACCGGUCCUCGAGGGCCGCAGUGGGUCCUGGUUUUUGUUCCAACUGACCCAGCACAGAUAGUUUAACCAAUGCGGUUUUAGCAGAAAUGAGAAGCACCUGACUGCAAUCGACUGAUUGCACUUGUAAAACAGCAGAUUGGUGAAAAGGUGUCCUCUUAAUGGGUUGCAACAAAAACCCGCACCAACUGCGGCAUUUGUGGAAUUAAUUGCCCACCCCUGCGCUACAUACUACGUCCACAUCAUGCUACGGUAGGUAAUAGAUAUCAUAUGUAUAUAGAACUAGAUGCAAAAUGACAGACUCAACAGCGUUAGCAGCACAUGUAUUGAAAACUAAAUGGGAAAUGACAGACUUGACGGCGUUAUUAACCAGCCGCCAUCUUAAAGCAGGAGACUUCUCUAGAAGGCUCUGUUGUAGCGAACCUAAUUAACUUUUUAUCUAAAAUACUCCUAAAUCGGCAAAAUCUCUCAAACAGUUUUAAAACCUUCACAUGUCUAAAGUAGACAGAAGGGGAAUUAUGGAAUAACGGGAGCAAUUUUAACAAUAUUUAUUAUAUGGGUUUCGCACUUCACCAACUUAGCUGUAUGGAUGCUCCAAUCAAAGUUUCGUUGUGCUUUUUGUAACAAUGACAAUAAAUAUUCUGAAUCUGAAUCUGAACUUUAACGGUUCAUUCACAACAUUAAAUUAAUUGAAUGUAGUUUAAAGCUGCUACAGAAUGGGGACUUGAGUAUUUUAUUUACUGCUUUGAACUGUUAACUUGAUACUGAAAUUGUCGUUUAUUUAGGCUUUUUGUACAAUUUUUGUAACUAAUGUACGAAACAUUGAAAGCAACUAAUAGCUUGGGGGUUUGUGGGUGUCAUCAAUAAUCGAUUUAUAAUCGAAUCGUUGCCUCUGAAUCGUAAUAUUAAUCUAAUCGUUAGAUGCCCAAAGAUUCUCACAUCUAGUCUAAACAUUAUCCUUUAAGUUCCUUAUACAGUUAGAAAAAACGUCCGAUAUAACGAUUUGUAGACAUGAAUAUUUGUAUAACUCUUGAUCCCUGUAUUUCCAUCUCUCUCCGUCUCCCCGACUCAUUUCCCUCUCUUGAGCUCUUUCCGCUCUACCUUUCUGGCUGUGCCUGUCUCUCUGUAUAUCUCUCUUUGUCUGUUAAAUGUGGUCUCUGGGAUGCGUUAAUUACAAAUGUUAAAAACAAAAACGAUGCGUUGAACACAUUCUUGUCACCACUUGCAUUCCAAACAAAGAAUAUCUGUCAGUGCACGAUUUCCCGGUACAUUGAUUACUUUUGUCCUUUUGUCAUUGUACCUUUUAAAUGACCAUGUAAGUAAGAUGUCUACAGUACUUUAUGUUGAUUUGUACACUUCGUAUUGAAUUGUUAUUAUUCCAGGUGGAAAAAAAGAACAUCCGAAAAUGUCACAGUAAUUCAAGAUCUGUCCAAUUUUGGCCUGGGAUAUUUUCUAUGUUUUUCUACUUUUUGUAUUGAAAUGCAAUUAAAUGCAUUUUUCCAGAGUUAAUAACAUUCCCGUCUAAUAUUUGUUUGUCGUCUACUAAAAUCUUUUCAUGUGAAAAUGUGUAGCU